AUGGCCAAGCAAAACCUCGAAAUCUCCACCCCCCUGACCCUGCCCUGCGGCCUGACCCUGCCCAACCGGCUCGUCAAGGCGGCACUGGCCGAGGGCUGGGCGGGCCGCGACAUGCUCCCGCACGCGGACCUCGUCGACACGUACCGGCUGUGGGCCGAGGGCGACUGGGGCCUGCUGCUGACGGGCAACGUGCAGGUGGACGCGGCGUACCAGGGCACGCGCGAGGACGUGACCAUCAACGAGCGCCUCAGCCGGCGGCACCACGUCGAGGCCUGGGCGCGCUGGGCCGACGCCGCCCGCGAGCGCGGCACGCCCGCCCUCGUCCAGAUCAACCACCCGGGCCGCCAGUCCACCAUCGGCGCCGGCACCCGCGGCAUCUGCGCCAAGUCCAUCGCGCCCAGCGCCGUCGGCGUCAACCUCGGCCCCGGCCUCGUCGCCCAGGCCGCGAGCGCCCUCGUCUUCGGCACGCCCCGCGCCAUGACCGACUUUGAGAUUGACGACGUCGUGCGCCGCUUCGCCACCGCCGCUUCCGUCGCCGAGGACGCGGGCUUCGCCGGCGUCGAGAUCCACGCCGCGCACGGCUACCUGCUGUCCCAGUUCCUGUCCGCCAGGAGCAACCAGCGGACGGACGAGUACGGCGGCACGCCGCAGAAGCGUGCACGCAUCGUGGUCGAGGUGAUUCGCGCGAUUCGCGCUGCGGUCGCGCCCACGUUCUGUGUCGGCAUCAAGAUCAACUCGGUCGAUCACCAGAGCGCCGGUGAAUUGGCGGACUGCCUGGCGCAGCUGACGGAAAUCACCAACGCGGGUAUCGAUUUUCUUGAAAUUAGUGGCGGAACCUACGAAGAUCCCAAGAUGAUGGUCUCGGUCGCCCACGACACUACUAUCAAGGUAUCCGCCAGCACCGCGGCGCGCGAGGCCUUUUUCCUCGAUUUUGCCUCUGCGAUUCGCCAGACGUUUCCCAAGCUGUUCCUCAUGGUCACCGGAGGCUUCCGUAGUCGACUCGGGUUGGAGCAUGCCGUCAAGAGCGGUGCCUGUGACCUCGUGGGCAUCGGGCGACCUUCGGUUGUUGAGCCGAGGCUGCCCAGAAGCAUCGUCUUCAACGCGGAAAUCAGCGAUGAAGAUGCAAAGCUGCCUACGAAACGCUUCGAGCAGGCCGCUCUCAGCCGAUGGUUUGGAAUGAAGGGCCUGGGAGGCGGCACUGAAACGAUCACCCACAUAAUAGAAGAUUUAUCCUGGGAAUGCGCCUACGUCAAUACAUAG